UUAGGUUUUUUGGUCAUUCAACUUUUGGGCCUUGGCAAAAAAUUAAUCGAUAUACUUUUCCAAAUUAUGAGCAAUCCCAUUGACUCGCGUGGGGCCGGCCAAUCGGUGUUUUAUGUGCACCUCGAGGAUCCUGUGAGGAGUGAACCACCCAGCGGUCUGCACCGGAAGUACCGUCCUUAUCCGCCACGCCCCCAGGAGCAGCGCUUGGGGGCGGCGGAGGAGCGGCGCAGUUGGCUGGGUGAACAGAAGGUGGAGCAGCUGUCCGUCCGUUUGGCGCGAGUGGCGCUGAUCACCGAUCGCCACCACCGACAGGCCACCCGAAGUUGGCAGGAGGCCCAGGAUCGUAUCACUCGCGACAUGGACGAACAUGUAAGGAAGCGGACGAUGGCGAUCUCAAAACGAUUGAGGAACCUCAACGAUCACCACCAGAAGGUACAGGUGCGCAAGGAAGAGGUCAAGCAGGAGAAGCUGCUCAGGAAGUUGAACCACCUGUACGAGGCCAACAACGCCAGCACUAUUUCACAGUUUUGGGGCAAAAUUCACAAAUGAAAUGCAAUAAAAUUACUUAGAUUGGA